GAAGGAUGUCAUGCUCAAUGCACCUUUCUUAAUAAUUUGUACCUUUGUUUAUUCUUAGUAAAGUCAUCAUUUUUGGUUUGUUUGAAGUUGUCGACAUGAUCGUUUAGCAACGCGAUUCACAGCACGACUGCAACUGUAGAGAAGGCUGAACUUUCAGUUAUCUUCGAGUCGCACCGCUGGAUAUUAGGUGUAUGACCUCAAUAGAAGUCAUUUUGGACUAGGUUUUGGGUUGCAAAUUCUGGUUAAACUAUUGUCGUAGUUGUGGAGGAUUGGACGCAGCAGUGUGGAGUCCUAUCCGGUUUUUGAAGCCUUGGUGAUCUUGUGAGUGGCCAUUGCCGUUUGUGCUUGGUUUUGGUUGUGUUGAGUAGAUUGUUUUGUAAGAGAGCUUCCCUCCAAUUUUGAGGGUUGUGUUUGAGGCUAGGUGAAAGUGGCAGUGGGUACUGCUUCAUACUUCACACAGCGGGCUUUGUGCGGAGGUUGAUAUAAGUUUUGUGUGACUCGCUGCUUAAGGUGCACGGAUCGCCAUGGCAUUGCUGGAGAAGGGUUCCCCGCGGACAUGGAUGCAUCGCCACGCUUCCUUGCCUCUACUGAUCUCCGUGCUGGCCAUUUUUGCUGUCGAAAUUCAUCCAGUGAGGGCUCAGCAACAAUAUAACAAUGUAUCCGGCUACGCGUGCACAGGUGUGCAGCCACGCUGCUUAGCCUAUGCUUAUUACAGGACGCAGGAAGCUAAUGCUACUUUGAACUCCACCGCCGCGCUCUUCAACACAUCUGCUGCAAAUAUUGUCGCUGCAAAUACCAAUUUGAGCAGUGUUCCAGCGACCACUCCUUUAGCAAAUGGGUCUGCGCUGUACAUCCCGCUGGACUGCAGCUGCUUGAAUAACACAUACCAAGCGCCCACAACAAAGGUGGUUCAGGCAGGCGACACGAUGUAUAACAUCUCCAUAAUUACUUUCCAGGCGCUCGUUACCUAUCAAGCAAUCGGAGCCGCCAACCCCAGCAUCAUCCCGGAGACCAUGCCAGUAAAUACGAUUCUGAGAAUCCCCAUACGGUGCGCUUGCCCUACCGUUCGUCAACAAACAGAUGGCAUCAAGUCCUUGCUCACCUACCCCAUCUUCCCGAAUGAAGAACUAUCUGCCAUUGCCAAAAAGUUUGGCCAUACUGAGGAGGAGCUGCAGGUUGCAAACACGCUGCCGAACUCUACCAUUGCUGCCUACACGACGUUGCUUGUUCCACAGGGGACCUCAACUCCCGGUGGUAAUGCUGGGGGACCUGGCUCAGCUCCAGCUCCAUCUGCAGCUUCAAGAGCUUCCCAAGCCCACUGGCUGUACUCAGUCUCCUUGCUGGGAGUGCAAUCUUUGUUGCUGUUGUUGUUGUUCUACCAUGCUAAGUAAGAGAGAGUGCAGAGGUGAGAUUGUGUGAAGUAGAUAGCCCUCCAUCACCAUCCUACCAAUUCCCUCCUCCUCCAUCUGUCUUCUAACCUUCUCUUUUUCCCCUCAUUGUGUCCUUUUGUGUGACCUUUCAGGGUUCCUAGCUACCGCAACUCUUUCCAGCUUUGCAUCUUUUUUGUGCUAAAACCAGCGCUCUUGUAGGUGUUUUGUGAUCAAUAGAAACAUGCGCUUAGUGUGUGUGUGUAUGUGUGUAAACAUGGGUCAUGUUUGCAAAGUUCCCUAUGAGGAAAGGAAAUGGAGGUGGGAUUUUCUCUCUUGUAACAUUGAUCAUUGAAACUCUUAUGUGCAUGUUUCUGUCUGGGUGACUACCGAGAUUUUGUUUUCAAGCACCAGACUGGAGCUCAUGUGCUAGCAACCCUCACUUGUGUA